AUGUCGCAUGAGGUGCCAAACAAUACCCUUCAGAAACUACGCAACGCGAUUGGACAUGUUGUCCUCGAUGAGCUACCUGGAAUAGGCGGGCUAGUCUUCGAACUAGACUCCAGUAACUCUGGUUACCACCCCGUUACUUUUCGCAUGGUGUUUUUCGAGCCAGAGUCGGAUCUCGAGGGUUACGAAGCCUGGGCAUAUUUUAAUCAUCCAACUACACGUACAUUCAUGGCGUCGACAUAUCCACGAGGCGCGCGCGUUGAUCUGAAAGAUGAGUUUGAUAGCAUCUCAUUCGACGAUGGACUCAGCGCAUGUAAGACCCAAGUUUCAACAACUGCAAAAUAUCUCUUGCUUUUUGCAGCUGAGGCAAAGGUGGGCGAGGUCUCCACCCAUAACAUCCCCUAUUCCAACUCAUCUAAACGAGAGUUGAUUACCAUCUGUGACAUACUUCAUGAAGAAAACGAGCAGGAGACUAGGUCCAAGGUCAUCCGGCCCGCAAGCUGA